AUGGGAAGUAAUAUCUCAGUCCUGCCAGUUCUCUCUCGCACUCUGCAGGAGGCUGACUUCUCCUACAACAUCUUGCGUGAGGUGGGCGAAGACAAGUUCCUGAGGGCUCGCAAACUCCACCACCUCAACCUCGCCCACAACCACAUCAGGGAAAUAAAAGAGCGCGACUUUUACGGGCUCAAGACACUCCACCGCCUCGACCUCGCCCACAACAGCCUCCACACCGUCGCCGCCUCCUCCUUCAUUCCCCUCCACCAGCUCCGCCACCUCCACCUCCAGCACAACCACCUCACCCACCUCGACGCCCGCGACCUCCACGCCCUCUCCACGCACGCCCACGCCACACUGCACCACAAUCCAUGGGCGUGCCAGUGUCAGAUGCUUGCGGCCCUUACCCAAUUGCAAGCAUGUCCUGACUGCAAGCAUAAGCGCAUACCUCUGAACUGCACUGAACGCGACCAUCAACAAGAAGUCUCCUCCCUUCUCCGCACCUGCUUACACGCUAUCCAGGCGACCCAGGGGCUUCAAGACGAGUCAGACGAGGACCUAUCAGAAGAACAGGACGUGGGGGGCGAAGCGCAGACGGGGGGCGCUGUCCUGAUCGUCCCCUCCCUGGUCAUCCUCAUCGUCAUCGGCGUGGGGUUAGCCUGUGGAUACCGCUUGUAUAAGAAACAUAGGAGAGUUAUCCGUUCAACUUUCUCGCCCGUUUUCUGUGGUUGCUGCAGCGGUGGUGGUGGUGGCGCUAAUAAUAAUAACGUUAAUCAUCAUCAUCAUCAUCAGGAGGCCUCACAGUUACGAUCGGGGGAGUUGCAGGAUUCCGACACUGAAACGGAGAUGUGAAUUUUGGGUUCUGGGUAGUGUGUGUGUGUGUGUGUGUGUGUGUGUGUUAAGUCCAAGUUAUGUGUUUUUUUUCUUUUUCUUUCUCAUCUCUCGUUUUUAUCUCCUUUUUUUCUUUGUUUUCCUUUUUUUGUUUUCAUCUUUUCUUUUGCUUUUCUUUCCCGUUUUCCUCCUUUCCUUUCCUUUUCCUUUGUUUUCACUUCUCUUACUCUUCCAAGUUAUGUGUUUUUCCCUUUUUCUUUCUCAUCUCGUUUUUAUCUCCUUUUUUUUUCUUUGUUUUCCUUUCCCUUCCUUUCUUUUCCUUGUUUUGUUUUCAUCUUUUCUUUUGCUUUUCUUUCCCUUUUUCCUUCUUUCCUUUUCCUUUAUUUUCUCUUCUCUUGCCUCCUUCUCUUUUCUUUAUUUUAUCUUCCCUUUAUUUUCCAUCCUUUCCUUUCCUUUCCUUUCCUUUCCCUUCCCUCUCCUUUCCCUUUCCUUUCCUUUCCCUUCCCUUCGUUUUUCUUAUAUUUCCCUUCCCUUCCCUUCCCCAUCUUUUCCUUCAUAUCUUUCCCAUUAUUUUCCUCUCCAUUAACUUCUCUUCCCUUCCCCUUCCCUUCUCCACCCUUCCCUCCUUU